CAGGCCGAGGAAGAGAGGGCGCGUUGCAGCGCGAGGACCCGGCGAACGUUAAAAGGAUGUUCAUGUUGUUGUUAACCCCCAGUCGGUUGACAGCCAUCGGUCACCGAUGGUUUACAAGGGUCGGCACACUUUCCAGUCGCCCUAAUUGCGCGAUAAUAUUUUCUCAUCAAACAAAGCCUGGUGGGAGGUACCCUCAGACUACCUACCCUAAAAGAUCAUCGGAAAUUCUCGUAUAUUAUCUAGCAGAUAAUACGUUCGGUUGCAAGAAGGAUUCUGACUGGUUGGCUGUGCGUGAGAAAUAGUGGGUUGUCGAAGAGAUUGGUAACCUUCGAUCUCAGUUCUACGGAUAAUAAGAGAGAGGUGCUAGGGGUGUCUCCGACUCGGUGCAUCUGUGUCGAGUCAACAGAGGCGGGAGCGAUGCCGAUCAAGUUGUAUUAUCGAGAUUACGCGAACCAGAACCAGCAGAACGAGACAACCGCGGCCGCUGAUUCCCAGAAAACCACCGACAGAACAGCGCUGAACUACCUGAGGAGCCAGGACCCGAACGUACCGUACUCGAUCAACACGGUGCACCUGCAGAACCCUUACAAACCGCCCCAAAGGCUGGAGGGGUUCGCACCGCGGGAGAAUUUUAAAGUGCGGCCAGCGUCCGUCAAGACCAUGUACCGGUCAAGGGACACGACGCUGAGAUCGAGGUACAAGAACGGAUUGCUGAAGGGGGAUGUUUCAGCGACGCAACAGAACGACCGGAAUAAUGAUAAAAUGAAGAAAAACGAGCGUGUGCGACAGUGCCUGAAGAAAAUUGAAAUUAAGAACGCUCUGAAACAGUACUGCAACAACUCGAGCCUCCACGGAUUGCGUUACGUCGGCGACUCGAAUCUGACGAUCGCUGAAAGAGUAUUCUGGAUGAUAUCGUUUACGCUCGCGGUGAUGACCGCCUCGUAUUACAUAUGGUUCCUGUAUAAAAAAUGGGUCACCACGCCGAUCAUCAUUUCCUUAAGCCCGGAGCCCAUAUCUCUAAACGAGUUCCCUUUUCCCUCGGUGACCGUUUGCAACAUGAACAACGCGAAGAAGAGCAUGGCGGAACUAAUACUCGCCGGGAAGGAUAGCCGGAAGAAGCUGUUAUUGGAAGACAAGUGCAGCACCGAGGUGAACCUCACCGCGUACGAUCUUGAUGAGACCUCAAUAACGUGGAAUAACAUGCUUCAGUUUACGAUCAACGUGUCACAAUCCUGCGCAGAAAUGCUGCACCGCUGCGAAUGGCGCGGGAAUAUGACUGAUUGCGAGAAGAUAUUCAAUCCCACCAUGACCGACGAGGGAUUGUGUUGUAACUUCAAUUCCGUUCAUAAGAAGUACCUGUUUUAUAAACCAGAGGAUUUGUCCCUACUGAACAACACGUACCCGUACAAUAGCAUCGACUGGAAUCCCGAAACUGGUUACGACGAUAGCGUGCUAGCAGAAUCUAUACCUUGGAGGCCGUACGGUGCCGGACAGUACUAUGGUUUGACUUUGGUCUUGGACGCGGACAUCGCUGAAUAUUAUUGUUCCUCCACCGCUAGCGUGGGUUUCAAGAUGCUUCUGCAUAACCCGGUGGAGACACCGAAGAUAGCCGAAUACGCGUUCGCGAUAACCCCAGGUGAGGAGACUAGGAUACUCGUGACGCCCCAGAUAUCGACCGCCAUGAAGACGAUAAUCAACGUUCCCCAGAAGAAGAGGAAGUGCUUCUUCACGUCGGAGAGAAAGCUGCUCUACUAUAGGACCUACACGCAGAGGAACUGCAUCCUGGAGUGCGAGGCGAAUUUCACGCAGAAGAUCUGCCAAUGCGUGCAAUAUUACAUGCCAAAGUCCUUGAACACACCGAUCUGCGAGAAAAAAGACGAUCAGUGCGCGACGACGGCCCGUCGAGCAAUGGAGAGGCAAUUUUACGAUGACGAUGGCAGUACGAUUUCCAUAAACGCCUCCGAAACGCAGAGCUGUAACUGCUACCCAGGCUGCUUCGAGAUCAAUUAUAACGUGGAGAUAUCGCAGAGUAAGAUAGUGCCCUCUUUCAACAUCGAUGAGAUCUACGUGAAGAAGGAUAGAGAGUAUUUCGCCAAAAACAUGGCGGUGGUCCAUUUAUUCUUCGUAGAGACUCAGUUCACUAAGUUCGUGAAAAAUGAUCUGUUCGGAUUCACUGAAUUCCUCUCAAGUACCGGCGGUCUGUUGGGACUGUUUAUGGGCUUCAGUUUUAUGUCGCUGGUGGAAGUCGUCUAUUUUAUGACACUGCGGAUCUGGUGUCGAAUAUUUAGAAACGGUCACGCCCACCGUAACACCCUCCAAGUGCAUCCAUUGGAUCCCAGUAAAAACGUCGUUUAUCCGUUCAUGCAGUGACAUCUUGACUUCUCUUUCUCAGAAAGUCGUUAUUAUCCUUGAACAUCGGCGAGGUGUUAAUUAGAUACAUGAAAUUGAAGUACCACCUUAAUUAGUCACCAUUUUUCCCGCGACUUAAUUAUAUCGAAGAUUUGGUAUUUGUCGUCAGUAUCUUCUAGCGAUUAAAUUUGUGCCAGGCGCACACAUACACACACAUACACACACGCUGCAGGAAAAUAUACAGAAUUUUUAACGAAUUCCAACAUUUCUUCCGUUAUUCGAACGCAACGCUGUACAGUGAAAGUCAAUAAGGAUCGCAACUGUGGACUAACU